AUGACAAAAAUGUUCUUUUUGAUAUUUGUCAUUUUGGUCUUGAAGCUUUCCCUCAUUCUCUGCAGUUUGACUGACCCCAAAUGCUUUUGGAGAAUAAAAGACAAGAAAAACCUAAAAGGAGAUAAGGAGGUCGAUUGUUUCUUUUCUAUUUAUACAAAGCAUGGCUAUGUGAAGAAUGAUCAUUUCAGUGGGAAUCUAGACAAGGAGUUGACACCUAGGAAUAUCCACUUGAUUUUUUCUCUUUAUUUUGCCAUGGAAGAAAUCAACAGGAACCCUCAUAUUUUACCCAACAUUUCUCUGCUAGUUAAUGUUAAAUGUAAUCUGCUUGUUGAUUACCGUAAAACUGGUUUUUCCUCAAAGAGUAGUGAACAUUUUCCUAACUACUACUGUAUGAACCAGAGAAGAUACUUAAUUGUGCUUACAGGACCAUUGUGGAGGAUAUCUGCCAUGUUUAGAUCACUCUUCUUCAUCUCCAGAACUCCAGAGCUUUACUAUGGUCAUUUUCAAUCACUUCUGAGUGACCACGAACAAUUUCCUCAUCUCUACCAGAUAUCUCCCAGGGACACAUCACUAGCACUGGCCAUGGUGUCUCUAAUGCUUUACUUCAGAUGGAACUGGGUGGCAAUGAUUAUUUCAGAUGAUGACCAUGGAAUGCAAUUUCUUUCUGAAUGGAGAGAAGAGAUGCAAACAAACAUUGUCUGUUUAGAAUUCGUGAUUGUUAUCUCAAUAAAUACAGAAUUAUACUUAAAAAUGUUUAAUAAGAAUUAUAACCAGAUCAAGAUGUCAUCAGCAAAAGUUGUGAUAGUUUAUGGAGACAAAGAAUCUUAUAUACCAUUGAACUUCAUCCUAUGGAAAUCUCAAGAACUUUGGAGAAUCUGGGUUAGUGUGUCACAAUUUGAUAUGAUCACAAUAACAGGAGAUUUUAUGCUAGGCUCCCCUGAUGGGGCUCUCAUUUUUUCACAUCAGCAUUCUGAGGUGUCUGGUUUUAAAAAAUUUCUGCAGACAGUGCAACCUUUAAAUGACAGUAAUGAAAUUUCUCUUGCAAAACUAUGGUGGUCUUACUUUAAAUGUUCUUUGCCAGCAUCUAAUUGUAACAAACUGAAGAAUUGUCCUGAAAAAAACAUAUUGAAAUGGAUAUUUGGGAAACCAUUUGACAUUUCCUUUAGUGACACAACUUAUAACUUAUAUAAUGCAGUUUAUGCUGUUGCCUACUCACUCCAUGAAAUGCUUCUACAACAAGUAGACACAUGGUCAAAGAACACUGGGAAGGAACUGGAAUUUGAUACCUGGAAGAUGUUUUCUUUUCUGAAGACCAUACAAUUUGUAAAUCCUGCUGGAGACCUUGUGAACAUGAACCCGAACGUAAAACUGGAUACAGAGUAUGAAAUUUUCUACAUCAUGGAUUUUUCUCAAACUUUUGGACUUAAGGUGAAAAUAGGAAAGUUUUCCAGACGUUUUCCAACUUAUCAACAAUUGUAUAUGUCUGAUGAAAUGAUAGAGUGGGCUACAAAUAUUAGACAGAAUCCACCCUCGAUAUGCAGUAAGCCUUGCAUUCCUGGCCUCAGAAAAUCCCCUCAGGAGGGAAAAGCUAUCUGCUGUUUUGUUUGUUACCCUUGUCCAGAAAAUGAAAUUUCAAACAUGACAAACUUAGAUGAAUGUGUGAAGUGUCCUGAUGAUCAGUAUGCCAACACAGAUCAAACUCACUGCCUCAAAAGGGUUGUGACAUUUCUGGCUUAUGAAGACCCCUUGGGAAUGUCUCUGACCUGUUGCGCUCUAUUCUUCUCUGCUCUUACAGCUGUUGUACUCUGUAUCUUCCUGAAGCACCAAGACACUCCAAUUGUCAAAGCCAAUAACAGAGCUCUCAGCUAUGUCCUACUUGUCUCCCUCAUCUUUUGCUUUCUCUGUUCCUUGCUCUACAUUGGCCAACCACAUACAACCACUUGCAUCAUGCAGCAGACCACAUUUGCAAUUGUGUUCACUGUGGCCACCUCUACAGUCUUGGCAAAGACAAUUACUGUAGUACUGGCAUUCAAGGUCACUUUUCCAGAAAGAAGGGUGAGGUCACUGCUGGUUUCAGGGGCACCUAAUUUCAUCAUCCCCAUAUGCACUAUGAUUCAAAUGAUUCUCUGUGGAAUCUGGGUAGGAACUUCUCCUCCAUUUGUGGAAGCUGAUGUACACAUGGAAUAUGGCCACAUCAUCAUUAUUUGCAACAAAGGUUCAGUAAUUUCCUUCCACUGUGUACUGGGAUACUUGGGCUCUCUUGCCCUAGCAAGUUUCAUUGUAGCAUUCCUGGCCAGAAAACUGCCUGACACAUUUAAUGAAGCAAAGUUCCUGACAUUUAGCAUGCUGAUGUUCUGCAGUGUUUGGAUUACCUUUCUAGCUGUCUACCACAGCACCAAAGGCAAAGCCGCAGUGGCCAUGGAGGUCUUCAGCAUCUUGGUCUCAAGUGCAGGGCUCUUUAUUUGUAUCUUUGCCCCAAAAUGCUACAUUAUUUUGUUAAGACCACAGUUAAAUUCUUCUCACAAUCUCAGAGUCACAAAUGCUAAAGCAGAAUAUAGUCAUUAG